AAGUGAUUGGUGGUAUAAAUGUGAUAAAUUAAAGUAAUGUCAUGUAUACUGGUUGUCAUCACUGUACAAAAGGUGUCAGAGACCACAAGUUCACCAGCCAUGGAGAAACUGGGCUUUCAGAGGUGUCUGGACCGUUUGCUGCAGGCAGGAGUCAGAGUGGAUGUCAUCACUACAGACAGAUCUCCUUCCAUCAGGAAGUUUAUGCGAGAACAGUACCCCGGCAUACAGCACCAGUUUGACCCUUGGCAUGUUGUGAAAGGUCUGAAAAAGAAGUUGACAGUGGCAGCAAACAUAAAAAAGAACACAGAUCUGCAACCUUGGCUGAAGUCCAUCACUAAUCACCUGUGGUGGUGUUGCCAGACAUGUGGUGGUGAUGCAACGGAGCUGAAACGCAGAUGGACAUCUAUUCUUCACCACAUUUGCGGCAUACAUCGCUGGGAGGAUGAUGACGGAGUGGAGAGGACUUGCUACCACCAGGACCUCACUGAAGAGCAGCAGAAAAGGAAGAGGUGGCUGCAGGAAGACUCAGCUGCCUUCAAGACCCUUUCAGAACACAUUCUGAACAAGAACCUGUUGAAGGACCUCAACCAGAUGACACUCUUCCAACACACCGGAGCCUUGGAAGUUUACCAUAGUUCCAUGCUGAAGUACACGCAGAAGAGGCUUCACUUCUUCUACAGCUUCAUGAAGGCACGCACCCUGCUCUCAGUGAUGGACCACAACGAGAAUGUUGGCCGCGAACAAGCUACAACCUCAGAGGGGAACCCAAGAUUCAAUCUGGUCUAUCCUAAACAAACCAAGAAAUGGGUUGCCAGGAAGAUCUACGAGCCCACGACUCAGACGUUCCGGACGGAUUUGGUGGAGAGGGUUCUAGAAAGGCGUAUGGAUCCUACAGUCAAUUUCCGCACCGACACCACCAAACCCCGGUUCUUCUAUCCCGGCUCUCUGCUACAGCUUCUGGGGCGGCUGCCUCUACAGACGCGCUCUCUCGUUCAGCCCUGCAUUGACACAAUGGCACAGAAGCCUUCAGCGUAUAAGUGUGUCAUGACCCCAGCUUCUCACGCCCCACCGCCGUCCCGCUCCCUGUGCCUUCUCUACAGUACAGGCACCAGACUGGCAUAUGGCGGAGGUGAUCCAGUGCACCUGGACGGGGUGCUGUCGAGCCAGAGGCACGGUGACACAGGCCAGGGCACCGCCAGACGCCCCCAACACAAACAACGUGCUGACACACAGGACCAGGCCAGCCAAAAGUACUGCACUGUGUAG